UGUAGCUACCCGUUAGUCGCUCAAGUGUUAUAGCUACUCCGCGUCUGAUUCGCCAUGAUUGCUGGUCGGGAAGCCCUACUGGUGUUUCUCGUCUCCCUCUGCCCGGUGUUGGUGAGUUGCUCCUGCGCCUCUGACUUUUGCGUGCCGCCUAAUGUCAAUCGUACGGAAACGCUGAAGGAAGCGCUUGUAUACAGCCGCAGCCAAGUCUAUUCGGGCGUCGUGCUGGGAGCGACCUGCUCUUGCUUCAACGGGGACAGCGCGAUGGAUUGUCGUCGCUAUUCCUACACUGAGGAGAGCGGCAUUUACACGGUCGACGUCAUCAAUCGUGUCGUCGGAAUCGACGCCAGAAACUUGCACUUCAAUUUCUACUUCAAGACCUGCACGGAAGCCGAAAGAAACUGUCUAGCCGUUGGCGAAAACAUUCGAAGAGGGCCAGAGCCAGAAAACACUAAUGCUAGUAGCGCUCAUCCCUAUGCAGUGCCGGUUUGCCACUUUGAAACCAAUGAUGUGUGUAUGUAUUUAAUUCGAGUCACCGAAGUCUUUGUUGGGACUUACACAGUUGGUGAGGUAGUCAAUAGCUCUGGUCCGUAUGUUAAUCUCUGUGGUCAACUGGGUAGGAUACUGCAGCUGAAUGAAGAGUAUGUGGCCGGUGUGGGGAGUUCUUGUAGCAACGCAUUCCGGUCGUGGUCUCCUCUGAGCGAUUUCACUGAGGAUGACCUCAACUUUCUGAGAGGGACUCUAAAUGAUGAUUAUGACAAGUCUGGCGAUAAGACUAGAGAUGGCGACAGUCUAAUGAAGAAUGAAACAUUUGUAGGUGGUGGAAAUAACGAGACUUCCAUUAAUGAGAGUGCCACAGUUUACUCAUCGGCUGCAGCAAUCAUCCUACUGACAGUGACUGGAAUUGCACUCAUGUGAUUGAUGAAUAUACAUACUCAUAAUAUCGUUGCAUUCCCAACAUUGUUGAUUUGAUUAACACACAUAAUAAUUAUCAUUGCCCUCCUAACAUUGUUGAGUAUAAUUUUUUUUCUUUUUCCUCAAGUUCUCUAGUCUUCUUUUCGAGGAGAGCGAGCUGCUUCUUGAUCUCUUUAUCUGUAACAGCAUUUAUAAAACAUGUGUGCACACCCCCAUAUGUAUAUACAUCAAGGGACUACAGUGUAAUGUUGUUAGGCAUA